UUGUUUGGAAAUUGCAGUGCUAAACGUUUGUUUCAUUUGAGUAGCGGUUUAUUUGAUAUAAACUGUAAAUCUUUUUUUUUUCAUUAUAAUUACACUGCAUGAAGAAUGAAUUUGUUUUUGAGCUGCUUCUCAACUUUUGCAUGCCUGCUGUUUUUUACUCAUUUUGCCAAUUCAAAUCAGAUCAGCAACAGUUCAAAACAUUAUGGUACGCAACACUCUGGCCGAAAAAUCCGAAGUGUGGUCCCACUUGACUGUCAACUUGGCCAGUGGGCACAAUGGACAGUGUGUUCUCCUUGUGAAGCAAGAAAGUCCAGAUAUAGGAACCUGAAUCGGCCAGCCAUAUAUGGUGGUAGCCAAUGCAUUGGAUCUCUGUGGGAAGACAUUUCUUGUGAGACAUCUGAACAAUGUAUACCAAAAAUUAACUGUGGUGAUCAGUUUCAAUGCAGUUCAGGACGAUGUAUUAAAAGACAUUUACUGUGCAAUAGUGAGAAAGACUGUGCAGAUGCUUCAGAUGAAGAAACCUGUGAGUCUGAUUAUCCAAAUGAAAGAAGGAAUUUCUGCAGUAACUUGUUUUUAAUCCCGGGCAUACAAGCAAUUAUGACUGGCUAUAACAUCUUAAUAAAUGACGUUGGAAGAACUGUUUUAGACACUGGGUUUGGUGGAUAUUGUGAAUAUGUGUAUAAUGGGGACUGGAGGGAACUGCGAUAUGACAGUGAGUGUGAACGUCUCUACUAUAACGAUGAUGAGAAAUACUUCCGAAAACCAUACAAUUUAUUCAUAUAUCGUUUUGAGGCAAUUGCUGACUCUGGAUUUACCAUAGAUGUUCACCAUGAUGUACAUGAAUUAAUUACAGCAAUGAUGAGUGUAGACUCUUUUGAUUUUGGAGUCGGUGUACAAGUUUCUGUUGUAAAAGCUGCUAUUGCUUUUGGAGAAUAUUCCACAUUUAUUAGAAAUGUAACAAGGUUUCAAGGGAAGGACGUUAGUUUUGUUCGUGUUCGUACUAAGGUUCAAACUGCUCACUUCAAAAUGAGGAGAUAUAAUUUACUUUUGGAUGAAGAUAUGAUUCAAUCCCUCAUGAAACUUCCAGAUGAAUACAAUUAUGGAAUGUACGCUAAAUUCAUUGCAGAUUAUGGUACUCAUUACUAUGCUUCAGGAACGAUGGGAGGUGUUUAUGAGUUCAUUCUUGUUCUUAAUAAGAAGGCAUUGGCAGAGUCAGAUUUGACUGCGUCCGAAGCUGGAUUUUGUGUUGCAGGAUCACUAGGAGUAGUGGUUUCAAAAGGAACUGUGGAUGUAGGUGGUUCGAUAGAGGCCAAAGGUUGUAGACAUAAAUUGGAGCAGAACGGAUCUUCAGAAAAGUCGAAUAGCCUUGUUGAAGAUGUUCUUCCACACGUAGUAGGAGGUGACCUGAAAUCAAAUGCUGGGCUAUUAGUUCAUGAAAUACCAGAUGUCAAAAUGUAUCGGCAUUGGGGUAAAUCUUUGAAAUACCUGCCAGCUGUCAUUGACUUUGAGCUCAUGCCAAUUUAUGACUUGGUAGCCAGAAGUAAACUUCAGUCUGUUGAAAUCAAACAACAAAAUUUAAAAAGAGCCAUGGAAGAGUACUUGGUGGAGUUUCAUCCCUGUAGGUGUCCUGUGUGCUAUAAUAAUGGAAAAGCAGUUCUUCUGGACAAUGUCUGUACCUGUGAAUGUCUGCCUGGUUAUGAAGGGAAAGCAUGCCAGGAUACUAAACGAAAGGGGCACACUAAUGGAAAUUGGAGCUGUUGGUCAGGGUGGACUUCUUGCCAGAAUGGUUCGAAACAGCGAACACGAAGCUGUAAUCAUCCACCCCCUAAAGAUGGCGGUGCUACAUGCCUUGGGAAGAACACACAAACCAAGCAUUGUUAAAACAAAAUAAUACCUCUGGCAUUUUGGCCCUUUGAAUUAUUUGCUUUUGGGUGAUCAUUAUUUUCAUUGAGUAUAAAUGGAUAUGCGGUAUAGGCAACAUUUUGAAAUACUACUCUGUGUUCUUUGUUGAUAUCUUAAAUGUAAUGAAUGUUGAGAUGUAUUCAUUGAUAUGAAACAUUUGAACUGACGUGACAAAAAUGAUCUUUAUUGAAGAAAGAUUGAAACUGAUUUGUGUGCGUUAAUGUUUGGCCAGGAAGUUGUUCACACUUCCAGGACCAACAUUACCAGGUGAUUGGUCAGCAUACUGCAAUAAAUUAUGGGAGUCAACAAUGCAAUAGACCUCUUUGUGAUGAAUACAUGUUAAACUUGAUAUCUGAUCCAUUGUUUUCUUUACAGCAGGAGUAGAAUAGUAGUAAGAAAAUAUGAAAAUCAAAUCAAAAUAUUUAGCGGCGUUAAAUUCUGUACAGGAUAUCAAAGCAGUUAUGCUUCUUAUUACAAAUAAAGAGAUACAACAUA